UAGCGGCAGUGUAGGGGAGCAGCAGCAGCAUCAGCCAUCAGCUGCGCGCCCCUCCCCCUCGCCUCCUCCCCCCUCCCCCUCUCCCUCCCCCUCACUUACUCACUCACUCACUCCAACAUGGCCGACUUCGAUACCAUUUCCGAGCUGGACGAGGACGACGAGCGGGUGGUGAUGGACGAGCACUUGAUCCGCUACACGCCCGACCCGGUGGUGGUGCGAGGGGCCGGCCACAUUACUGUGUUUGGCCUCAGCAACAAAUUUGAUCCAGAAUUUCCUUCAGUGCUUACAGGAAAGGUGGCUCCAGAAGAGUAUAAAACAAGCAUUGGCCGAGUGAAUGGAUGUUUAAAGAAAAAUCUCCCCAUCAAUGUGAAAUGGCUGCUGUGUGGUUGUUUAUGUUGCUGUUGCACCUUGGGCUGCAGUCUGUGGCCUGUCAUCUGUCUUAACAAAAGAACUAGAAGAUCAAUACAAAAGCUGUUAGAAUGGGAGAACAACAGAUUGUAUCACAAGCUUGGGUUGCAUUGGAAGUUAAGUAAAAGGAAAUGCGAGUCCAGUAACAUGAUGGAAUAUGUAAUAUUAAUAGAAUUCUUACCAAAAUUCCCUAUAUUCCGACCGGACUAAGAAAAAAAGCCAACCAUCAAGAAAAACCAUAUCAUUCCUGCCCUGAGUGCCUUGUAGAUACCUGAACAGAUGACUGCCAAUACACCUGUUUUAAGUAAUCUACUGUAGUGAGUGUAGAUACCUUUCUAAUGUAUUUUUCCUUCACAAGCAUAUUUUGCACAUGUAUUAUUUUCUUUCUUUAAGGUGUUGCAUUCCCUCACUCUUGAAGACUGAGGUGUUUCACUUUGAAAGAAUUUCAAUCUUGUACAUAAUGCUUCCGUUCAUAUUGUACAGUGUGGUAUGUUAAUGUUUACAGAAUAUUUCUCUUUUACUACACCUCAAGAAUAUUGAAAUAUAGAAGGAUUUUUUCAUUAACUGUGACAAUGUUUGCGUAGAUUUCAAUCUGUUUUCAUAAUGAGAUUAGCAAUGUAACUGGAAGAGAGAGUGCAUUGUAGGAACAAUUACUCCCAUUGAAGUAAAAUAUAAAAUCUAAUAUAUUCUGCAUUUGAAAAUGACCUAGGAAGUGGAGUAGAUAGUGUGGGGGGUGGAAAGGGUAAAUGAGGUCACCAGUGCAAAAUUGAUGUGAAGCAUCAAUCUGUCUCCUGAAAUUUAGAUCAAUUUGAGCUAAAUUUUCAGUGGCAAGUACAGGUUUGAUUAAUAAUUAUAACCAAAAACUAAGCUUACCUCUAUUUUUGGCGCUAAUUGAAUUUUUCAAAUAUUCUGGUCGUUUAAGUGUCAAUUUUAGUGUGCUAAUCAUUGAAAGUAAUAUUGAAUUUUGUAUCUCAUUUAAAUGGAUGAAAGAUAUAGCAAUCAAAGAAGGUUGUUUUCUUGUGGUUUCUGUGAUCAGACUGUCCUCGUAAGUAGUUCUUAACCACUCUCACAUUACACUCACUCGUUUAUUUUCUUGGUCUUUACUUUACCUUGUUUUGUCUUCCCUGAAAUUGACUGAAAUAUUUAUUUCCUUUGCAAAAGUGUUCUUGGCUUCAUUGGUUAAACAUCAAGUUUGAUUCCUUUUCAGUAAUAGUUGCAGACUAUUUAAAUUAGUUGCAGGCUACUUGGAAGUUAUUAUAGGGGAAAAUGCAUUGUAAAUAUUUGCUUCAGCUCCAAAGCAUGUUGUUAUAGAAUGAGUAUCUUUGCAUCGUCAUAGGUACAGGAGACAAUGUUAGUGAAAUUAUAUUUGUGGUUUAACUUUCCAGCCAGGAAUGUAAACUUGAACUGCAAAUGUUGUAUCUAAAACACAUCACAGCAACCUUUUAGUGAAUAGAGUUGAUCCUCUGAAUUUUAAAAAAACUGGUCUUUCAGGGUUCAGCAAAAUUUUGAUUGAAGAAAUUAAUUAAUGGUAACUUUUUUUAAUGUAUAUUGUUGAAAAUUGCAGAAUUAUUGGAAACUCCCGUAGACCAAUUCCAUUCAGUACAAAGUUUUUCUGAUUGUAGAAGAUUACCCUUAUUGUCCUGGACAUUUUUGAUCCACUGAAACCAAUGAUGCAGUGGCCAAUAUCUACUGUCAUACUCUCCAGCUACAAGUUUAAUUUGUUUGUUUUCACUCUGCCUAGUGGUUCCAAGAAUUUGAUGAUUUAAAUAAAGAUGGUCCCCAUACUAUUUAUUUUAAUUUCCUUUAUUAACAUUGUCUAUUUACACUAUCCAUUCAGUUUUUUGGCAGUUCAUAGAGGACCACUUUUUACUGUUUCUCUUCAACCUUCACCCCUCACUCACCCUUCCACCAUGCCACAUUUUAAUUUCUAGAACUUUUAAGAAUUUGUCAAAUGUAAUUUUUAACCAGAUCUUAAACUGAAUAAAAUUUGUUCAGAGAUAGGUGGAAGUGCCAAAGUAAUUAUAUGGUUGCAUCCGUGGGAGUAAUUGCCCAAAUCACUAAAACCAGUGAGAGUUUUUUAUCUAUUUGUCAAAAACAACAAAAUCCAGUGUAUGAAACUAGGAUAAAAGGGAUGGAUUGCAAAUAUAUCAAACUGCAAUUGACCAAGACUUUUUAAUGUAGCUCCCAAUUAAGAAUGGGGUUCCCAAGUUAACAAAGCAUGUUGAUUACCAUAAGCUACACUAACCCACAUUUUUAAAAACAUUGAAUCAAAUUUUGGCAUGCAUUUCUUCAUUUUAAUUUUUGGGGAUGGUGGGGGGGGGGGGGGGGGAAGAGAUUAGUUUAAAA